AUGCGAACGAUUCAAGGUCAUACUACAAUGAGUACGAAAGCUAUUGUAGACACGUACGAAUCUCCUGAUCAUUAUUUCGAGAAAGAUCGUAUUGAUGCUGGUGAUCCAUCCAAGCGCGCGUUUACGUACUUUAUGCUCGGUGGUGCCCGUGUUGCUUACGCUACAGCUGCUCGUCUAGCUGUUAUCAAGUUUGUAGGCAGUAUGAGUGCGUCUGCUGAUGUCUUGGCAUUGGCAACCGCUGAGUUUGACUUGAGCAACAUUCAUGAGGGUGCGACGGUGACUGUGAAAUGGCGUGGUAAGCCUAUUUUCAUUAAGCAUCGGACGGCCAAGGAGAUUGAUAUUUGUAACGAGGUGGACGUCAGUAAUUUGCGUGAUCCAGAGCCGGAUGCAGUUCGUGUACAGAAGCCUGAAUGGCUUGUAGUACUUGGUGUAUGCACCCACUUGGGUUGCGUGCCCACAUCUGGCGCUGGUGAAUACGGUGGCUGGUUUUGUCCAUGUCAUGGGUCACAUUAUGAUCUAUCUGGACGUAUUCGCAAAGGCCCUGCUCCGCUUAACCUUGAAAUUCCCCCAUACAAGUUUUUGGAGGAGAACAAGAUCCUUCUGGGCUAA